CUGCGCUCUUCUCCCUCCGCCAUUUUGAGAUCAGCGCUCAGUUGAGUACCAGCCAGCCUUUCGUUAUCUAAAGAUGACUGACCAGCUUUGUAAACUUUUCGUCGGUGGCCUCAACGUCGACACCGACGACGAUGGCCUGCGCAAGCACUUCGAGCAGUACGGUAUGCUCACCGACUGCGUCGUUGUCGUGAACAAGCAGCUGCAGCGGUCCCGCUGUUUCGGCUUUGUGACCUACUCCACACCGGAGGAGGCCGACGCCGCCAUGGCGGCUAGGCCUCACACCGUCGACGGCAACGCUGUCGAGGUGAAGCGGGCCGUGGCGAGAGAAGACGCCAACAAGCCAGAGGCCCUCGCAAAGGUGAAGAAAAUCUUCGUCGGUGGCCUGAAAGACGACAUUGAAGAAGAGCAUCUGAGCGAUUACUUCUCUCAGUACGGCCAGAUCGAGAAGGCCGAAGUCAUCUCGGAGAAGGAGACCGGAAAGAAGAGGGGAUUCGGCUUUGUUUACUUCACCGACCACGACGCAGCCGACAAAGCGGUUGUGGUGAAGUUUCACACCGUUAAUGGACACAAAGUUGAGGUGAAGAAAGCCCUGACAAAGCAGGAGAUGCAGGCGGCCAACAGAACCGGCAUGGGGCCUAGAGGCAGACCAACAAGAGGCAUGAGGGGAAAUCAAAAUGGCUACGGCAGCAGGGAGUACGGCGGAAACUACAACUACGGAAAUGGCGGAGGCUACAACUGUGGCGCCGGCGGCUACGGAGGGUAUGGCGGACCAGGUUACGGUGGUUAUGGAGACCAGGGAGGUGGCUAUGGUGGCGGAAACGGCUACAACGAGUUCGGCAGCGGCUAUGGUCAGCACUCAUCUGGUUACGGCCCCAUGAAGACGCCCUUCGGCGGCCAGAGGAGCGGUGCUCCCUACACCAGAGGCGGCGGUGGCGGCGGCUACCCGAGGGGGGGCUACGGCGGCGGCUACUAGAUGAGUCCGCACUAAUCAACCACCCCACCCCCUGCCAUAAAUUACCUCCAGCCAGGAUUUGGACGACAAAAUCAAAUUCAGUAACGGGGCGUCUGCCGUGAAAUCCAACAAUGGCAGAGAUACGGACACAGAGACCCCCCCUAAUCAUCAGACCUCAAAACCCAAACAGGUAGGAAGGUCACUUCCCAGAAAGCCUGAUAAUAACGAGCAGCUGUUGUUGCCGUUCAACUAGGACACGUUAAAAUGAAGAAUAAAACCAUACAGUGAAUCCCCCUUUUUUAUUAUGUACCCACGCCUACGCGUGUAGUUGUCGUUUAGAGUUGAAUAUUAUUUUUUAUUUGCGUUCACUCGUUGUUUUGCAAAUUUCGAUGUAGGAUUGUUUUGAUGAUUAUCCUAAUAUUUGCAUUUUAAGCAAUUAGAUUUUGUUUUUCUGGAGUAAACUUUAGUGUGAUUUCAAUGUAUGAGGAUGAGAAAGCAUGUUUUUUUUGUCGUGUUGGGUUUCAUAGCUUGUCAUUACAUCAACUUGUAUGAUUAUAUACUUGGGUUAUUCAGCCAUGGUGGGAACGUGAUACUGCAGGAUCCAGUUUCCUUGUUUUCUCCCCCAUACUGUACUCUACCAAACUCUCCUCACGCAUAGUAAUAGUUCCAGUCUAAAUAUUGUUCAUUUUUCAUUACCUGUAGCAAUAUCUAAUGUAUAUUGUAUACUUUCAUGUCUGGAGAACAAAACCUACUGUUUAAAACAUUUUUGGUAUGCUUAUGUAUGUUCAUUUUAAAUAAAACGUUAUACCACUUA